AUGGCUCCUCCAAAGCGAUCCCAUUACUUUGCCCUACUCUUUGCGCUCUUUGCACUAGUGCUUUUGAUCUUUGCAAAUCUCGGCAUAACCAACACCAGCUCGUUUCUACCUAAAAUUUUCAUUGUGGAAGCCAGCCAAACGAAAACGAAUCAAUCCAUACGAUACGGCUUUUAUCGUUCAUGUAUCUUCAAAGGCGAUAGCGACCAACCUGAUACCUGCAACGACUCCAACCUCUUGUAUACCUUCGACAUUGACCAGCUUGCUGAAAUUAACAAUAUAAAUCUUGAUUCAAGCGAUGUCAUCAAGCAGGCUGUACAACAAUACAGCCAAGGUGCCCUCAAUGCACAAAAAGCGACCGUCCUUGUUCUACCUUCAGCUAUUCUUGCAUUCGUCGGCAUGAUCAUUGCAAUGAUGAUGCGACGUAUGCGUAAAAACAACAUGCUUCCUACAUUGGGUGCAUUAUCCGGUCUCUUGGGUGCCGUGUGUAGUGGAAUGGCAAUCGGAUUUGCCGUAGUCCUCUAUCGCUCUGCAUUCGAGGAGAUAGGAUCAAAAGUGGAUGGAUUAACAUACCAUUGGGGUCCUGCCGUAUACAUUGUGGGAGCUGCUUGUGGAUGUCAAGUGAUCACUUUUAUUUGGUUUAUUGCUAGCUGCUUUGCCCGUUUGCGUAUUGGAAAGGAGCAUGAUCAUACGUACGAGUAUUAUGAGCGUCAUUCCUUUUCAUCCGUUAGCAUGCAUCAGCAUCGCUAUUAA